AUGGCCACCGUGACAAUGCGCGAAUCGCCCGACAUGGCAAAUGGCAGCCCCAACCCACACGUUGCCAACGGAGCGCAACGAGCCCCCGGAAAGCGCAAUCGCAAACAAGUCGAUCCUUCUGAAGCAGCACACUAUGAUAAUGAGACACAAUAUGACAACUCGAAGACACGUCACAAUAGCGGGAGAGAUGCCCAGUCGGGGCAAAUAGGCAGGUCGUUCUCAGCCAGAGCCCGAGACCAGCCCGAGAGCGACUUGAAUUAUAGCACCCAUCAGUCUGCUCUCCUAUCGAGCCCAGAGCUAUCGGAAGAAUCUACAACACCCAGAGGUCUUCCCACAGAGCCAUAUUUUUCCCAACCCAGCGAAGCCAUGCCAGAGAUCCAUGUUUCCUCGCCAACAUCUGCGCCGGGUGUCUCUUCGCCCCCGACACGGUCCAACACCACACGUUCUGUCUCAGCCAGUGACUCGCGACGAGAUUGGGCAUCAGACAGGUCGCCUCUGCAAAAAUUGGAAGUCACUUUGACCGGAAUCAGCAAGGAAGAGAAACGGGCACGAGUACAAGAGGCUGAAAGGAAAGCCCGAGAGCGAAUCGCGCGCAAAAAGGCUGAGCAAGAGAAGGCCGAGUUGAAGGCGGCAUUGGCUCGUGAAGCAUCCGCACAGCAGGCGCAGCCAGAAAGCCACCAACCAUCCGAUGCAGCCAGAAAGAACGAGCGGAGGGAUAUUCCUGUUGAGGAUGGCAUGCGAAACGGGAAUGGGGCCAUACCACCACAACGGCAACCAGGAGGCACGACUGUGCGUCAAAGCAAGACAAGUCCAAUCAAUUCUCAAUUCCCAGCUAUUCGGCGCCCCGAAGAUCCUCAAUAUGCACGUGCGGAGACUGCUAUUCCAUCAUCAGCCAAGAUGGGCAGUGUGCCGCGGCGGUCUGUUACAGUGAGCGGACCUGCAGCGAAACCAGGAGCUCCCGGCAAGAUCAGUCACAGUCGCUCUGUGUCUCAAGCAGGCCCUCGACAGGUGCCAGCCUCCGCCUUACGGGCAGAGACAACCGACGAGCUCCUAACAGCACCCCGAGAGCCCCAGGAUAGUCCUGAAUCACAGGCCAAGCCUAAGAAACAAUCCGUUUCCUUCAAUAUUCCGCCACCUACGCCUCCGCCCAUCUUUGAGUGGAGGAAUGCGCAGCCUGCUCGGCUUGGGGCUGCCGACUUUGACUUCCAACAACUUGAUAUGGAACGCAGCAAAGCUUGGUGGGAAGGUGGUGGUUCCAAAGACCGCAGGAAGAGCAGAGCUCUGCCUAAGAACUACAAAUCCCCUGCUCAGAAGUCGACAGGCGUGACUGAGCACAAGAAUUUCCAGCCUCGCCUCUUUUUGCGAUGUGGUCCUUUGCUGCGAUACACAGGUAUCAAGCGGGUCAGCGUUGAUGGAACCGGUGAUGUCAUUUACAAAGACAUAUGGCGAGGGUCUAUCAUGAUAGUAACCAAAGAUUCACGCUCCUCCUAUGACAUCCCACCCACGCUGAGACUAUUCUCUCAACCGAUGGAUCUUCUCCCUCCUCCGCCGGCGGAGAUCAGCCAUGAAGAUGGAAUGCAAUUGGCUCCUGAAUAUGUCGACCCGACAGCCGGGCUCAUGAAAGUUGGUCGCGACGGCCGACCUCUUUACGUUAAGCCAGUUGAACACGUUGAGGAGCAGGUCGACCUGUCAUUUGUGGAGAAUGAUGAUGGUAUUUACGAGCUCUCCCCCAGCAUGAUCGACUACACCAGCGAAGGCAUCAAACAGCCCAUGCCUUCAAAUCGAAUGCAUGCCAUCGAUGGCGAGACAGCAGGUCUGCGUCGAGACAUUCCAGGAGCCCGUCUGUACGCCGAUUCCGCAAGAGACGUCACCUUCUGGAGAUUCAACCUGGAGAUUGAACUAGGCACAACGCAGCAGCGAAUCGCCUAUCGGAUCAAUCAGGGCCCCGCCUUGGGAUUCUGGGUGCCCGCAGCCGGGGAGGCGAUGAACAUCAUGUUCCACACUGGAAACGGCUUCAGUCCCUCUGCGGACUCUGAUAAAGUCUGCGGGCCUGACCCGCUCUGGCGGGACAUCCUGAAUGAGCACCAGACUCGUCCGUUCCAUGUGAUGAUUGGUGGAGGCGAUCAAAUCUUCAACGACUCGGUCAUCACAGAGUCAACAUUCUUCCAGGAAUGGCUCAGAAUAAAAAACGCCGCUGAGAGAUAUGGGACACCAUUUACACCGGAGUUCCGUGCUGAGUUGGAACAGUUCUACCUCGAGCGCUAUGCUGCAUGGUUCUCGCAGGGUCUCUUUUCAUUGGCGAACUCCCAGAUCCCCAUGGUCAAUAUUUGGAAUGAUCAUGAAAUCUUCGAAGGCUUUGGUUCUUACCACGAUGAUUUCAUGCAGACUUCUGUUAUCUCCGGACUUGGCAAAAUUGCCUUCAAGUAUUAUUUGCUAUUCCAGCACCAUAGCGUCCCCGACGAAACCGAGAUGGACGAACCCAGUUGGCUACUCGGUGCUCAACCAGGUCCAUAUAUUGAACAGAAGAGCCGGAAUCUGUUCAUGUCCCUUGGUCACGGUGUUUCAUUCCUAGGACUUGACUGCCGCACUGAGAGAAGGAGCAACGAGGUUCUCAGCGAAGAAACCUGCGACUUGUUGUGGGACCGCUGCCAUAGGGAGAUUAUGAAAGGAGAGACAAAGCAUUUGAUUGUGCUUUCGAGCGUUCCCGUUGCAUACCCCCGAGUGGCAAUGCUCCGCAAGUUUACGAAUAGCCGCAAAUCACUCGGCAAGGCUACAGUUGCCGAUGACCACUGGGCUGGCAAGCACCUGAAGUCUGAAAGAACGUGGUUGGUAGAGGAUCUCCAGGACCUGGCUGCGGAGAAGUCCGUUCGUGUGACAAUACUCAGUGGUGAUGUUCAUAUGGCCGCAAUUGGACAGUUCUAUUCGAACCCCAAGCUGGAUAUCGCCAAGGACCACGACUAUCGAUACAUGCCGAACGUCAUUUCCUCUGCUAUUGCAAACAUCCCGGAGUCCGAUAUUGUUGCCGAUAUGCUCAACAAGCGGAAUACGGUCCAUCAUAUGGACUCGAACACAGACGAGGAUGCCAUCCCAGUCUUUGCCCAGGAUGUGAAUGGCAGGCCCCGAAACAACAAACGCUUGCUACCUCGCCGGAACUGGUGUUCAAUCCGUGAAUACAAGCCUGGAUCUACUCCGCCUGAUACGCCGGAUUCAGAGGUGACAGAAGUCCCAGAACCUCGGCCGAAUAAGUUGCAGCGAACAUUGUCGCUGGGACGAGGCGACAAGGGCUCUACUGGCAAACCCGGGAUCCUCAGACGCCUUUCCACCCGUGGACCACCCCCAACACGGACCAUGAGUUUCAACCGAGGCGACGAGGUUGCUUUCACACGACGUGCAAGCGUUGAUGGGCCAGUUCAGCCCCGCGAGAAUGGGGAUAGCUAUUUCCCAGGAGCUGGCGCCGGCACCGCUCCGCGGCCCGGUGUUUACCGGCGACCAACGAAUCUCAGCCGGAAAGCAGCCAAAAGAGCUGCCAAGGGCGACGAAGGCGCAGGCACCUUUAUCAACCUCGACGGCGGACUCGCUAUCACCCUCAACGUAGAGAUCAGCCCACAAGAUCCGUCGGGUGUUACCGCACCCUACAAACUGCUCGUGCCAGCACUGUACUAUGAUGGGACUGAAUAUGAUCCGCCCCCAACACAGAUUGUCAAGGGCUGGAGAAAGUUCCUACCCCGUCGCAAGACGAAUGACGGGGACCCCAUCCACACGCUGAAGCCGAAGAAGGAUUCAGUGAUGACGACGAACAAGGCGAUUACGAAGACCACGAUCUUAUCAAUAAUACCCGCGCGAACGCCGCAACUAGCCAGCAUCAACAACCACAACCACACUACGAGGGAUAUCCGGGAAGUGAGGACGAGGAUUCAGAGAGUGAGGUCCCACAACGACUACCACCACACAUGGUCUCUGGACACGAUUAUUCGCCCGGUCCUGAGGAGCCUAGCCGUCCACGAAAGAAGUGGUUCGGGGUGA